AUGACUAAGGAAUUGCAGGCUCUGGAAAAGACUCACACUUGGGAUUUAGUGUAUUUUUCCUCUGGAAAAACCCCUAUUGGGUGCAAGUGGAUUUUUAAAAUUAGGACACACUAUGAUGGUUCCAUUGAGCACUACAAGGCUCGUCUAGUGGCCAAAAGUUAUUCCCAAGAGUAUGGAAUUGACUAUGAUGAGACCUUUGCUCUCGUUGCUCGUCUCACUACUGCUUAUUGUCUUCUUGUUGUUGCGGUUGUUCGUCAGUGGUCCCUUAUUCAGUUAGAUGUCAAGGAUGUAUUCCUACAUGACACACUUUUUGAAGAAGUUUAUAUGACCCCUCCUUUAGGUUUCUCGUCUUUUGGAAAAGUUUGUCGCUUAUGCUUUAUACUCUUGCUUUAUGUUGAUGAUAUAAUCAUCAUGGGAUAUGAUGCAUCUGGUAUUUCUGAUCUACAUGCAUAUCUUAGCCAGCAGUUUGAGAUGAAGAGCUUGGGUCCCCUUCGUUACCUUUUAGGGCUUGAAGUCUCUGAUUCUCCCGAUGCUUUCUUUUUGUCCCAGGCUAAGUAUGCCUCCGACCUUCUUGCUCGAGCUGGUCUCACGGACUGUCAGGUAGUAUCUACACCACUUGCCUACGAAGUUCGACUUACCCCUCAUGAUGGCUCUCUUCUUGAUGAUCCUACCAUUUACCGUCAGCUUGUUGGGAGCUUGAUCUAUUUGACUGUCACUCGACCAGAUAUCUCUCAUGCAGUCUAUAUUGUGAGUCAGUUCAUGACAGCUCCGAGGACCUCUCACCACUUUUCCGUCUUAUAUAUUCAUCGUUAUGUGAAAGGUACUCUUCUGCACAGCUUACAUUUCUCCUCUAACUCGUCUUUGACUCUCAGCGGUUACUCUGAUGCUGAUUGGGCUGGUGAUCCCACCGAUCGUUGCUCGACCACUGAUUUAUGCUUCUUCCUGGGUGAUUCUCUCAUUUCUUGGCGCAACAAGAAGCAAACUUUAGUUUCUCGCUCGAGUGCCGAGUCAGAGUAUCGUGCUCUUGAUGACUUUACUUGA